AUAUUAUCAUAAACUACAGCCCCCUUUUUCUUACUAUUAUCCACAUACCUGUGUGUUUGGCACGAGUCUAUGAUGCCAUGACAGCUCCCACGAUGAUCGAUGAAGAUGAACGUUGAACUUCCGUUGCCCCGAAGAACGCCUUACCAAAUCAUGCACUAAUACCUCAGCCCUCCGAGUGGCCUAUCCCGUUCGGCUAUAAAACCUGGUCGCUUUACAACGUCGCUAACCAUUGAACUCACUACUACCCUCUCUUCCCUGCCUUUCAAACUCGAUCCUCUCCUCGCUCUAACUGUAUCAUCCCCUCUUCACUACUACUAUCCAAUAUGUGUAGCAUGGAAUGCUUCGGAGACCAGUACAGGGGUUGUGGGCACUAUGUCCGGAUAUAUCAAACGGGGAUCACGAUUGAUUGCGGAUCUCCUUACUGCAAGUUGAGCGCCGCACACAUCCACAAAACCGCCAGGAAUUGCGGUUGCAACACGGAAUACGCUGAUCACCGGAGAGUGCGCAAUCUCUUCCAGACGAAAUGCGAUGAGUGUCAGGUAGAGGAAGCUGCACAAGAGAUUGAUUACGGUCGUCGCUCAGGUCGACGCUGGUGAUGCGACGGAGGUCUUUUUGCCAUUGCUGCUGCUGCUGCCCGCGAACUAUCUGUUCCGUAUCUGGUCCAUGAUGCACUGUGACGCACGGGACCCACCAUCACCGACUUUUACUACCCCCAUUUGUUUUGCCACUAUCAUCAUCACACAUGCAUGUUUCAGCCAGCCGCAUUGUUUUCGUCUGUAACUUAUCGGCCCCCCUC